GUGACCGUUAGAAAGGUAUCAUGUGCAAUGUCUCUCUCCCGCCGCCAACGGACAAAACUAAUAUUUGAAGUUUCGAAACGUGGAGUCAAACACUUCUUGUGCCUUCAAUGGAGCAAGGCACCAAACUAACAAAAGCUCUGUUCAAAAACACCAACAAUCCGAAAUUAGCAUGGCAACUAUUUAAGCGUAUUCUUUCGUCACCCACCACCGACCUCCCUCUUAACUCCAUUUCCGCCAUUGCCCACAUCCUCAUUUCCUCAAAAAUGUUUGAAGAACUCGACACUCUUCACAAUCUCCUCCUCGCUUUAAAACCCCAAGAAACUUCUCGUUCUUCCCUUAUUUCACUUAUCAAAAUCCUGGCUAGAUUUGAUUUGUUCGAUAAAGCUUAUUCGCAAUUCAAAACGAUAAGAAGUCAUUUCCCCGAAAACCCGCCUUCUAUCUAUUUGUAUAAUGUUCUUUUCGAGGGUUGUAUUCGAAAAAGACGUGUAGAUUGUCUGUUGUGGUUGUAUAAAGAUAUGGUUGUUGCUAGGGUUUCUCCAGAGACUUUCACUUUUAAUCUCUUGAUUCGUGCGCUUUGUGAUUCAGGUCAUUUGAAGGAAGCGAGAGAGUUGUUUGAUAAAAUGUCUGAGAAGGGCUGUAGACCUAAUGAGUUUAGUUUUUCGAUUUUGGUUCGUGGUUAUUGUAGAGCUGGGUUUGUUAGUGAGGGUUUGGAGGUUUUGGAUUUGAUGAGGGUUUUAGGGGUUUCUCCGAGUAGUGUUGUGUAUAAUACUUUGAUUUCAAGUUUUUGUAGGGAUGGUAAGACUGAUGAUGCUGAAAAACUGGUUGAGAAGAUGAGAGAGGAUGGCUUGUUUCCAGAUGUUGUGACUUUCAAUUCUAGGAUAUCAGCUCUUUGUAGGGCAGGAAAGAUUCUUGAAGCUUCUAGGAUAUUCAGAGAUAUGCAGAUAGAUGAAGAGUUAGGACUACCACGGCCUAAUUCUGUAACAUAUAAUUUAAUGCUUGAAGGAUUCUGCAAGGAAGGAAUGCUGGAGGAAGCUAAGACCCUGGUUGAGACCAUUAUGAAAAAUGAUGGUUUAUUGAACUUGGAGAGUUAUAAUAUUUGGCUGAAAGGUCUUGUUGGGAAUCGGAAGCUUUUAGAUGCGGAAGUAGUUCUUAAAGAGAUGGUACAAAAUGGAGUAGAACCUAAUAUAUAUACAUAUAACAUAUUGAUGGAUGGGCUAUGCAAGAAUAAAAUGCUCUUUGAUGCAAGGAUGGUUAUGGGUUUAAUGAGAAGCAGUGGUGUUUUCCCAGAUACAGUAACGUAUAGCACUUUACUCCAUGGAUACUGCUGUAGUGGGAACGUACUUGAGGCCAACAGAGUUCUGCGUGAGAUGAUAAGGAAUGACUGUUUUCCUACCACUUAUACAUGCAACAUUCUGCUGUAUAGUCUUUAUAUUAAGGGGCAGAUAUCAGAAGCUGAGGACUUGCUGCAAAAAAUGAAUGAAAGAGGUUAUGAUUUUGAUACGGUGACCUGCAAUAUUGUCAUUCAUGGUCUAUGUACUGGAGGAAAACUGGACAGAGCAAUUGAGAUUGUAAGUGAGAUGUGGAAUCAUGGAAGUGCUGCUCUUGGUAACUUAGGGAAUUCAUUUAUUGGCCUAGUUGAUGAUAGUAAUAACAGGAAGAAAUGCUUGCCUGAUUUGAUUACAUAUUCAACCAUAAUUAGUGGUUUAUGCAAUGCUGGAAGGCUUGACGAUGCUAAAAAGAAGUUUAUUGAGAUGAUGGGGAAAAAUUUGCAACCUGAUUCGGUGAUUUAUGAUACUUUUAUACAUAGGUUCUGUAAAGAGGGAAAGAUAUCAUCUGCAUUUCGUGUACUUAAAGACAUGGAGAAAAGAGGUUGCAAUAAGAGCUUACAAACUUAUAAUUCAUUGAUCCUUGGAUUAGGAAGUAAGAAUCAAAUAUUUGAAAUUUAUGGAUUGAUAGAUGAGAUGACAGAAAGAGGAGUUUCUCCUAAUGUUUGCACUUAUAAUAGUAUAAUUAGAUGUCUCUGUGAAGGGGAUAAAAUAGAAGAGGCCACUUCCUGUUUAGAAGAAAUGCUGCAAAAGGGUAUACCUCCUAAUAUUUCUUCUUUCAAAAUGCUAAUAAGAGCCUUCUGUAAAGCAAAUGAUUUUAGAGUAGCACAGGAGGCAUUUGAGACUGCUCUGAGUGUAUGUGGCCAUAAAGAAGGCCUGUAUAGUUUUAUGUUCAAUGAGUUGCUUCUUGCAGGGGAAAUCACCUCUGCUAGAGAGUUAUUUGAAGCGUCAUUGGAUAGAUCUUUUGAUUUGGGAAACUUCCCAUACAAAGAUCUCAUUGACAGACUUGCUAAGGAUGAUAAGUUAGAAAUAGCUAGUGGCAUCCUUCAUAAGAUGAUAGAUAAAGGAUAUGGGUUUGAUCCUGCUUCAUUCAUGCCUGUAAUUGAUGCUUUGGGUAAAAGGGGAAACAAGCAUGAGGCUGAUGUACUUGCAGAGAGGAUGAUGGAGAUGGCUACAGACAGUAAGGUGGCAGAUAAGGUUAAUCGAAGUACCAGGGAAUUAGCUGACAGAAAAGAUAAUAAGUAUGGUGGAAGUGAUUGGCAGAAAAUCCUGUACAGAGGUGAUGGCAGUGGCAUUGCAUUGAAAACUCUUAGGCGAGUGCUGAAGGGCUGGGGUCAAGGAGGCUUAACAAGUUUCCAUCCCCAGAAAUACGAAUUCCUUGAUUAUUGGGAUGGUGGUAAUGGAGUUUCAUGAUUCCUCCAGAUCUGUGUUCAUGAUUUGCUCUCUGUUGGGAGGACUAAAUGAAGGCCAAGAUCAAUGAUGAUUUGUUAGAACUUAGUUCAGUACUUCUUGAUGUGCUCAGUGUGGCUUGGGGAAGAUCUGGUAAUCAAGUCAAAGUUCACUUAUUAUACUGCUAUACUUUUUUGUGUAAUUGGGAUAACACUGAAGAUAUAUACUACACUACUGCAGAAAUCGACCAAAUGUCAGUUUGUGGAUUUAGGCAAACAGAAUAUGACCUAAAAUCUAGAAUAGCUUAUAGAAUUUCCAAGUAAAUAGAAAAUACCUGAAGCUUCUUUCUACCUUCUGCUGUUUUCCCUCACCGAGUUUCAACAUUCUGUAGUUUGAUCUGGCUUCAGUGUUAUUAUGGCCUACUUAAAGCGAUGUGCAGGGACAUGAUUCCACUUCUUAUUAUUAGGAUCUUUUCCAGGUUUUCAGCAGGAGGCUAGCUCCCUGGAAGCAAGAUGCUGUCCCACUUAAAUGGCACUUAAAGUUGGUGUUGAAACUUUAUGAAGUAUAUUUUCCAGGUUCCCUGUAAUGGUGUUUGUUCCUGAUAUUAUAGUGAUUAAUAUCCCAAUAAAGCUUUAUACUUGAUUUGGUCCCAUCAUCCCCACCCCAUGUUAUUCCUUCUUUCACUAUUGUUUCGGAAUGGAUAGUAGGCUCUCUUGUUGUGUUUGGUCACCAUUUAUGCUAUUCAAAACAACAAAUAAUAGCUUCUUUCA